CUUUCCCGGCCAUUCUUUUGAAGUGACGCAACGAUGUUUCCGGCGGUCAAAGCCGCACCGAACAUGUCGGUUUUCCCUCCACCCCACCAAAAUCAGAGAAAAAAUUCUACUAGAUUUCAAAUUGGGUCCGUCUUCAUUAGGCCAUUUUCAAGAACACUUGCGUUAUCUUCGAAUUUACACGAAUCUUGUGCCACAAUUGAGGCCUCCGGCUUGCUCAAUGAAACCAUCGAUCUUGAUAUGUCUAGUACGAACGCUAAAAUUCGAAAAUUUUGCGAGUUGGGUAAUCUGAAAAGUGCCGUAGAUUUGCUCAGCAAGUCUCAGAAUUCAGAGCUUGAGCUCAGGACUUACUGUUCUCUCUUACAGCUCUGUGCGGAUCUAAACUCACUAGAAGAUGGUAAGAAGGUUCAUUGGAUGAUUAGGAGUAAAGGUAUCGAAGUUGACGGCGUUUUGGGCUCAAAACUUGUGUUUAUGUAUGCGACUUGUGGUGAUUUGGUUGAAGGGAGACGGAUUUUCAAUAAGAUAGCGAAUGAAAAGGUUUUUCUAUGGAAUCAUUUGAUGAAUGGGUAUACAAAAAUGGGCAAUAUCAAGGAAAGUAUAAACUUAUACAAGCGGAUGCGAGAGUUGGGGAUUGAAGUGAAUUCUUAUGCGUUUUCUUGUGUUUUCAAGUGUUUUGCAGCCGUAGGAAGUGUAGUAGAAGGUGAAGAGGCUCACAGCCAUAUGUUGAAAUCGGGAUUCAGUUCUUAUAAUACGGCAGUAAAUUCCUUAAUUGCCUUCUACUUCAAGUGUGGAAGGGUUAACAGUGCACGUAAGUUGUUUGAUGAAAUGAUUAACAGGGAUGUUAUAUCCUGGAAUUCAAUGAUCAGUGGGUACGUGGCAAAUGGCCUUGCUGAGAAGGGACUCAAUAUUUUCAUAGAGAUGCUAUUUUCAGGGGUUGAAAUAGAUUUGGCUACGAUGGUUAGUGUUCUUGUAGCCUGUGCAAAUGUUGGUACUAUUUCAUUGGGUAAGGAAGUCCAUGCUUAUGGAAUAAAAGUCUUCCGUGGAGGGGAAGUCACCCUCCAUAAUACUUUACUGGACAUGUAUUCAAAAAGUGGUGACUUGAAUGGCGCAGUUCGAGUUUUUGAGAGGAUGGAAGAAAGAAGCAUUGUAUCAUGGACUUCAAUGAUAGCAGGAUGUGCUCGAGAAGGUUUAUUUGAUUUGGCGAUUGAAUUAUUCCGAGAAAUGGCAAGUGAAGGUCUUAGGCCUGAUGUUUUUUCCAUCACAAGCAUUCUUCAUGCUUGUGCUUGUAAUGGCUCAUUGGAGAGUGGCAAGGAAAUACACAAUUACAUCAUAGAGCACAACAUGCACUCCAGCUUGUCUGUCUCUAAUGCUCUAAUGGACAUGUAUGCAAAAUGUGGAAGCGUGGAAGAUGCGUACUCAAUAUUUUCUCAUAUGUCUGUGAGGGAUAUUGUCUCAUGGAAUACAAUGAUUGGCGGUUACUCAAAGAACAGUCUUCCCAGUGAAGCACUCUGUUUGUUCAUUGAAAUGCAGAAAGAGUCCAAGGCUGACAGUAUAACAAUGGCCUGUAUCCUCCCAGCUUGUGCCAGCCUAGCUGCUCUGGGGAGGGGCCAAGAGAUCCAUGGGCACAUUCUCAGAAAUGGGUACUUUUCAGAUAGGUAUGUUGCCAAUGCACUUGUUGACAUGUAUGUGAAGUGUGGGGCACUCGUUCUAGCACGUGUACUUUUUGACAUGAUUCCUGUGAAGGAUCUUGUUUCUUGGACGGUGAUGAUAGCUGGAUAUGGCAUGCAUGGUUUCGGUGGUGAAUCUAUUGUUACGUUCAGUGAUAUGAGAAAUGCAGGUAUCGACCCCGAUGAAGUUUCCUUCACCUCUAUACUGUAUGCUUGUAGUCAUUCAGGAUUACUCCAAGAAGGAUGGACAUUUUUUAACAUCAUGAAAAAUGACUUCAAUAUCCAGCCAAAUUUGGAGCACUAUGCUUGUAUGGUGGAUCUUCUAGCACGCACUGGGCAUUUGUCGAAAGCAUAUAGAUUCAUUGAAACGAUGCCUCUUGAGCCAGAUGCUACAAUUUGGGGUGCUUUGCUCUGUGGAUGUAGGAUCCACCAUGACGUGAAACUAGCAGAGAAAGUUGCAGAACAUGUUUUUAAGCUUGAGCCAGAGAACACAGGGUAUUAUGUGCUUCUAGCAAAUAUCUAUGCCGAGGCAGAAAAAUGGGAAAAAGUGAAAAAAUUGAGGGAGAAGAUUGGUCGUCAUGGAUUGAAAAAAAAUCCAGGCUGUAGCUGGAUAGAGAUCCGGGGCAAAGUUCACAUUUUCGUUGCGGGAGAUAGUUCACAACCAGAAGCCAAAAGAAUAGUGUCUUUAUUGAAGAGGUUGAGAACUGAGAUGAGGAAGAAAGGUUACAUGCCAAAGACACAGUUUGCUUUGAUCAAUGCAGACGAGAGGGAAAAGGAAGUGGCACUUUGUGGGCACAGUGAGAAGCUAGCCAUGGCUUUUGGAAUAUUGAGCUUACCACCUGGCAAGACCAUUCGGGUCACCAAGAAUUUAAGAGUGUGUGGUGAUUGUCAUGAGAUGGCCUUGUUCAUGUCGCUGAAUGUUGGGAGGGAGAUUGUCUUGCGAGAUUCUAAUCGCUUCCAUCAUUUCAAGGAAGGGUAUUGUUCAUGCAGAGGUUACUGGUGAGUGGUGAACCAAAGGGGAGUAGGAGUUGUGAAGGACGUUUAAUGUUCAUUCACAGUUACUGUCUCAAACCCCGCACAUUAGAAAAUGAUCGGAGGUGGCAAAGCGGGUCACACGACCCAACUGUGACUCGUUACCCACUUGAUUAAUGGUUUGGGUCUAAGGAGUAAUCCAUUUAUAUAUGGCUCAAUCCAAGCCUAACCAAACUAAUAAAUGGGUUAGUUGGGUUAGUAUUGGCCAGAUCACCUAUAUUUAGUUUCUUAUUGAAAAAUAUUAAAUUAUAUAUAUAUAUAUAUAUAUAUAUGUAUAAAUUAUAAUAUUUGAUGCAUGUAUGAUGUACCAUAUAAAUAUAUAUAUAUUUAAUAAGUAGAGAUAAAAUACAAUUUAUUCAA